AUGGUGGGUUGCAGUGCUGAUGGGAACCUGAAUGAAGAAAAGUACACUCAACCUCUACCAUGGAUUGGACUCUUUGUAGCAGCAGCAUCUCUAGUCUGUGCAGUUGCCAUGGCUGCUGACCUCAUCCAUGGUAUUCGUCACAGAAAAUUCUGGUUCCCUAGUCGGUUCUUUUCCAUCAACGCCACUUCACUCACCAUAAUAGCAGUAGCAGUCAAGUUCUCAGUGGAUCUCAACACCCCCAUGCCCAGCCGAGUCGACCAGCUCUCCAAGCUCAGCAGUGCCGUGUUGCUUAGCGUGACAAUUGCAAACUCGAUGCCAUCACUAGGAACAGCGAAGAACAAGGAAAUCAUGAUGAAUAUCAUGGCCUUCGCUAUACUGGUGGUCGCUGUUUUUGUCAACAUUGCCAUCCAACUGGGCACGGGGGUGAUCUAUAUUUGCUGGUGGGAGCAUGUUGUCGUGAUGUCUCUUAUGCUUGUCAUGCUCAUGAUCUUGGGCUCCUCAGCUUUAGCUGUGGUAACAACAAAGACGGAAUUAGAGUUCAAGUACAAGAAGAAAUGUGACAUGACUAUGCAAGAAGGGUUGAAGGAUAUAAACACAAGAACACCAGGGGAGUUGAAAGAAGACCUGAUGAAGUUCUGGAUAAUGGCACAUACCAGCAACCCUCAAUUUGUAAUGGCCCGUUCAGUUACUUCUACUGCGUCAGGUGCACUGUGUCUCCUUAGCGCCACAGUUCUUGCAGAUGCCAUGUUGCGCUCAUUUUACAUGCCAGGGUCCUUCAAGUUUUGUGUAGGGGAGUCUGACUACAAGUGGUCAACCACUUUAGUUUUGAUUGCACAUACUGUAGCAGUUGGGGUCGGUACUGUUGCCCCAGCAGUCAGAUGGUUCACAUCAGUGUUUUACAGGUUACCAAAAAAUGGGAAGAAAAGUAACAGAGGAACACAUUUUAAAGUGGAGAAGUACUGGAUUCAGUGCUUGAUGGAGAUCAAAGAGUGUCCAUUCAUACACAUAGAAAGCCAGCAACUCCGAAAACUUGCAUAUAAAGCAAAGCGCAGCUUCUUGGACACUUGUAUUCAAGCACAAAUUGGAAUCGUGAUGGCAUGCAAAUUGGUUCAAUUCAUCUGCAUCUUAUGCGUGUGCAGAAUUGUUAGGGUCUAUGAUUCCUGCUGCAAGUUGAAGAGGUUGUUACCAAGUAAUGGCACUUCAGUUGAUCAAGGACUUGAGACCAAUAAAAUAGAUCUAAGCCACUUUGCUUUGCAUCUUGAAGGUGAGGAAGAACUAGUGGAAGUGACAAUGAGGAAGAAUUGUACUGCCACAGAUCAUUGGAUGCGGAAGGGGAAAAAGAAACAGCCAAAACACCUCACAGACCUGUUAAAAAUGGCAACCUUUACGGAAGGAUUCAAGGGAGUAGCAGAAUUCGACUCCGAACAAGUCUGCAGCCUGGAAGGUGAAGAACCUCCACAAUCUUGGUCUCUUCCUAUAGUUACUUUAACAGCGAUUGCAGUUUCACUCCCAAAUGUCAGUAGUUGUUCGGUUAAACACUUGAUACGCAGUGUACAUGAGGGACUUGUGUAUGUCAAACUCAUAGAAGAAUACGAGGAUGGGAAAGAAGAGCUGCCAAACAUAAGAAGAGCAGCAUAUCAUGUGUGGUCAGGGGUCAACAUUUACCACAAAUGGUUAGAUUUGGAUCUUCACCAACUAUCUCUGAAAUCAAAAGGCACAAGAGAUGUACUAGAACGGCUUGUUGAAGCUGGAAAGGAAAGGCUUGCAAACUUUAAGAACACAUAUCUAACACGAUGCCCAAAAGUUAGCCCUUCAGAAUGGCCUGCUGAGGCAUUGGCAGCUAAUUCCAUGUACAGAAUAAGCAACACAAUUCUGCACAUUUAUCACCACAACAGCAGCACUUCAGAGGAAAGCUUAUUUGGAACACUAGUUGUGCUGAUCUCCGACAUAUUGGCAGCUAGUCUCACUAACUUGAGACCAUUUGUAUUCGGUAAGUGUUUGAAAAGCACAAUUGAAGAGAAAAAAGCAAGUGUAAGGGAAGCAGUCUACCUCCUCGGCCAGAUGGAAGAGAUAGUGGAACUUCUUGACCAAAGUUCACUAUCCAUUGUGUACUCCGACAAAAUUACAACCAUUGCGGACUGGCGCUCAUUGCACUAA